GUCUUUAUAUACCCCAACUCCUUACAAGACUCUGCACACCGCCACCGGCACCGAAAAUGUCACCGAUCUAUUCUUUGUUUUCUGUCCUCUUGUUCCCGAUCUUGGUUUCCGGGGAUGGCGGAUCCCCAAAACCCCAAGUUCAAACCUUGAACAUCCAGAGACCUGAAUACAUCAACCCAAAGUUGCCUCCGAGAACCCUUUCCCCCUCUAAGAAAUUUGAAGGCUCUUCCAACCUUGUCGACCUUCGAUACCACAUGGGUCCCGUCCUUUCCUCCUCCCCCAUCAACAUCUACCUAAUUUGGUAUGGCCGCUGGACUCCAGCACAGAAACUCCUCAUCAAGGACUUCCUCACCUCCAUUUCCCCUGACGCGGCAGCUCCCUCCCCUUCCGUCUCCGAGUGGUGGCGCAUCGUCUCCCUCUACACUGACCAGACCGGCGCUAAUGUUUCACGCAGCAUCGUCAUAGCCAAGGAGUACACUGACGCUCGUUACUCUCAUGGGUCCCACCUCACGCGCCUUUCGAUCCAGCAAGUGAUCGCCAGCUCUGUUAAAUCUGCGCCGUUUCCGGUUGACCACAAGAACGGAAUCUACCUCGUCCUCACCUCGCAAGACGUGACAAUGCAAGAUUUCUGUCGCGCCGUCUGCGGUUUCCAUUACUUCACAUUCCCUUCAAUGGUCGGCUACACUCUCCCCUACGCUUGGGUCGGCAACUCUGGGAAGCAGUGUCCCGAGGUCUGUGCCUACCCAUUCGCCGUACCAGGGUACAUGGGUGGGGGCGGUCCGGGAGCACUGCUGCCUCCAAAUAGAGACGUGGGUGUGGAUGGGAUGAUCAGCGUCAUUGCCCACGAGUUGGCGGAGCUAUCAUCUAAUCCGCUAGUAAACGCAUGGUACGCCGGCGAGGACCCCACUGCGCCGACGGAGAUAGGUGAUCUAUGUGAGGGCUUGUACGGAACCGGUGGCGGUGGUGGGUAUAUUGGGCAGGUGAUGAGUGACAAGAAAGGUAGGACCUUUAACAUGAAUGGUAAGAAUGGGAGGAAGUUCUUGGUGCAGUGGGUCUGGAGUCCGGCGUUGAAGGCUUGUGCUGGUCCAAAUGCUUUGGACUAAAUUUUUUUUUUUCUAGUUUCUUUGUUUGUUCAGAACAAAGAUUCUUUUCUCAUGAAUCUGUUUUUUGAUAAAAUCAUUUGGGUUUGAGCCGAGAGCUGAUGUUUGCUUCAAGAAAGAAGGGAGGAAUUGCAGGAUGUGAAAUUUUUUUUAACUAUUUUGGUCAAUUAUGCAGUAUCUGUUAUAUAGUUUAGAUGUAUAAAUAUUGAAGUGCUGUUUUUUCAAUAUGAUAUUUAUCUCUUGUACCGGAAAAAUGAUUUUUGUUUCUAUUUAUAUAAAAUUUCUUUAGUUCA